GAGCAAUUGAGAGAGGCGGAGUACCGGCUGGCUUGCUCAAACCUGAGCCACGACUACAAGGAAGCAGUGGGGUACAAUCUUCGGCGCAACAAGGUACUGCACCUACGAGAUCAGCUUGAAACCGGGCUUCAAGUGGUUGACCGGUUCAUGGAAAAGCGGGCUUUGAUGAUAUGUGGGGCAAGCAAAGCAUCAUCGUUGGCAGCUCUUCAACGUCGAAUCAUCAGUGAUGCCAGCAGCAAAUUCGACUCGGUGGAGCUGGGCAAAAUGCACCACAUCGGCAUACUUGACUUCACGAAGUUCGGACGGCUGAGCAUGGUAGAGAUCAAUCAGGACAAGGAAGAGACAGCACAAUGGGUCGCAGCACCUGGAACCUUCAAGAAUGUGAUUGAAGCCUGCCUCACAAAAAUAAGCACUAUGAAGUACCAAACGUGCAUUGUGCAUAACUUCGCUUGCUAUGACGGGGUGCUCGAAAAGGUGGUCCUCGACUUGAUGCUGGAUUUGAGUGACUUGGCCUAUAUGGCCUUCUACAGCGAAUGCACCAAUCCGACAGUCUUUGAGUUUGCGGUCACGACGGUGAAAGACAAGUUGCUGGAGGAGUGGAAGCGUGGAACCGGUUUGAUUGGACAGAUGCAGCCGAAGUUUGUUGCUGAAGCAUGCACUGCAGACCUCACUUUGCCCCAAGUUCCAAGUCUUCGCCUUUGCACUAUGGAUUCAAACGGUCAACUCAGCAUCCCAAAGGCGGAACGAGAAAAGUGGCUUUCAGACCCUGUGAGAAACCCGGAUUGGCGAGUGCGCCUCAAGAACUUUGAUGAAGUGUUUCGCCCAUCCAGUUCCACCGAGAGUGAAAGAGUACCAACACAAGCAGAUGCAGAGGUAGACCUUGCAAAGGAGGGAGCUACAGCCACCACAGCCGCCAAGAGCAGCCUCCAUGUGGAGUGUGACCCACCACCUUCGCUCACCAAAGAGGAGUUUGAAAAGAAGUACCCAGACAUUGGGGCAACCAUCACUUUGUCAGUCUCAGGGCAAAACAUCUUGUGCCAAUAUGUCGAUGGCAAAGUGUUUCUCAGCAGUGCUACAAAGACUCGUGCACCUGGUGUAGUGAUGGAAGAACAGACUUCUUCGGGCAAUGUGGACUCCAGUCCAACCACAUUGUUUGACCUUUUGGUAUCAUUGGAAAAGAGGGGGGUGCUUGAUUUGAAGGUGACGGGCCACCGAGUGGAUCGGCCAAGCGACGUGAAGAGAGGAGAAUCCAUGGAUCGCAUUGAGGUGACACAUGAGUCCUACAGUGUCUUCAAGCCAACCAAUGUGGCACUGAAGACAAUGAAGCAAACGAACAUGGCUGGCGUCCUCGGAUUCAAGAGUUUGCUUGCCUCGAGGCAACUAGUGCUUGUAUGGAGCCACUUAGCAUGGUUUGUUUGUUUUUUGUUUAUAAUGGUUGUCACUCUCUCCAUUGAGUAUGUUGACAUCUUCAUGACUGGAACAAUUGAGGAGUCCGCCACUAUUCUCGUGAGAAGGUUCUUGGACCAGCUAAGCCGCUCUGGUAUUUGA